GUUGCCAUGGUUUGCAGAUAGGAAGCUUCCGUUUCCGGUUUUCCCCACGAUGACGAUGUUAUCGAUGGUCCUGAUUCGAGCCACUUGUUGCAACAGCGCCGCGACGUACGGGGGAGAAGACGGACGGGCGAGAGAAUUAUCGAUUCAGCCCCGCCGAUCAUGCCCAGAAGAGAGUUGCCGCCUCCGCCUCCUCCGCCGACCGCCGCCAUGUGAAGUGUCAUCGACGCCGUCGAUUUUUAGCGUUUAGUCUGGUCGCAAGAAGAGACGUCGCAAAUAAGUGCGUCGCAUCGCGUUUGUUAGUGUGUAGGAGGAUAUACAAGUGGGGGUGAGGAGGAGACCAUGGAGGACCUGCUGCUGAACGUGGUGAAGGAGUGCAACGGCAGCAAAGGGUUCGGCCCUUUGAGGACGAGCGCUCAGGAGGCGCACGAUCUCCUUUGCGCCCAGCAUGGCAUCACCUCGAGGAAUCCUUCGCACGAGUUGCGGACCGCCUGCUUUGCGGCCGUCAAGCUCUCACUCGAAAGCAAAAAGUCGAAACUCGUAUCUCUGGCGCUGCUCGCAUUGAACAAACUCGUCCGAGAUGAGCGUUUCCAAGCGGGAGCCGAACCGGAGGAUGAUUCUCUUUGGCUACCCGCUCAACUUUUGCACGCCACUUCCUCGAUGAUCUCCCAAUGUGAAGACACGCAGGUUCACAUUUUGAGGGUGGUUUUAUCGAUGGCAUGUGCAGCCAGUUGGGCCUUGAAUGGACGACUCGUGAUGCUGCUGGUCAGCCGCUGCGGAGAGGCCUACGACAACGGGACGCAACCGGUGAGGGCCGCAGCCCAGGCAGCCGCCAGCCAAACUCUGACGGCGUUCUGCACGUUCCUCGAUGAAGAGUGUCAGGAGAUUCUGCAGCAGCAGCAAAAGCACAAGAAUUCUGGAAGCAGCGCAGAAAUGGUGUACAACAAGACUUCGGCGGUGGCCUGCUUCAACGAAGCGAUCCCAGUGAUGCAGUACAUUUGCAGCAGAUUGGAGGAGAUGAAAGCUUUACCAAAGUCCGGCGAUACCAUUGUCUUCCUGCUGGAGUGCUUGCUGACCCUGGUGAACACGCUUCCGCACACUGUACAUUCAAAUUCGCACUUCACCACCUUCCUCUGGCAGCGAUUCUGCCCGGCUCUUCUCGCGCUUCUAGGUGCGCCCGGUGGCGAUUCCAGCCUCACAACGCAACAGUCGAAGAUCGUUUACAGCAUUGGAAUUCAGGUGGUGCGACUGGUGGGAAGAGAGCGUGCGUUGAGACCCGUCCUCGAGGCGAUCUUUCAUCGCAUGUUGCUGCUUCCGAGCCCGGCGAAGAGAUUGGAACCGUUGCGAGCAGCGCGGGAACUUCUGAGAUCGCCGGGUCGCCUCGCCGAUCUUCUGCUGCUCAGCGGACCCAUCCAUAGACAUGCCGGAGAUGACAUGGCUAUAAUACGACUAAUAAUGGAUUCGAUAGAAGAGUCCGCCCAGUACUGUGAUCCGAACGUGAUGUUGGCGAGCGUUGAAUGUGUUUGCGCUCUGCUGGGAUCGCUGGAGGGAAUGUGCCGCGGCGAAGGUCUGAACGUGGAGGGUGCGGAAAUCGCGAACAGCCGAUACCCUCUCCUUGAGCAGGCCGACUAUACUGGUCCCCUCACGUAUCAGUCUCUCGCCAGAUUGCCGAAACCCUAUAGAGACGUGGUGGCUAAUCUCAAAUAUCAAAGCGAUUCGGACAGUAGCGGGAUAGACGGGGGACUCCAGGAGGAAAACGAGAACUGCUCCGAUACAGACACGUCGGGAGCCACCGAGGGACCCGAAGAGAUGGCCAGCCAAUCGGAUGAUAGUAUUAUGGAUGACGAGAGCUUCCUGACUAGUCAACAGUUACAAAAGCUUCACAAUAUCCCAAAAUCACUCCAUUUGGGUCGCUCCGGGCUCGAAGAAUGUAACACGGACAUGGAGCGACACAACGCUAGACACUUUGUCAAGACGCUUCAGAACAUUUUGCUUCCCAACCUGCUAACGCUGCGAUCUUCCAUUCAGAUAGACGAGGUCUUGCAGGAGUUUGCAUCGAAAUGCUGCCAGCACAAUUCCGCUCAAAACUACGAGAUCACGACCAUCAUGAACGCAGAUGGCGUCUACUUGGCCACGUAUUCCGCGCUGCUUCUCAACUUGAAACUGAUACGGAGAGGCCAUUACAACGAUCCUAAGAAUUCAGAGUCUUCUUCGACCAUGACCGAAGUGCAAUUUGUAGAAGAGAUCCACGGCAGCGGUAUCUUGGUCUACGUCUCGGCUACAUGGCUCUGUGAACUAUAUCAGAACGUGCUGGCAAAGUCACUGCUUGAAGUGGCGGGGUACGACUCGAGGACGCAACAGCAGCCCGCACUUAUUAAUCUGUUGACGGAUGUCGGCGGAUUAUGCCCUUCGCAGUUGCUCACGGAUUGGCAGAAGCUGCAGAAGGUUGUGCACGGAACGACGACGGACUCUAGCCCUGAGGUGGAGGCCGGUGUGAAGUUAUCGCGACGCGUUUUGACCUGCUGCUGGGCUUCCGUGGUCUCGGUCCUCGGAGCUUCUUUGGGGGAGCAAGGACCUCCAGUCGGUGCGGGGGCUUCCGCUCUUAGCAGAUUGGUGGCGAGGAGAUCACGGCAGAAGCACAAGCAGCGGCUAAGGGAUGAUGUGAUCACCGCCAGCUUGGAGGGUCUACAGAAGGCCGCCAGUCUAAGCAAUAUUCUCAAAUUGCAGUCGCGCUCCAGCAGUAUUCUAUCUUUGCUUUCCGCUUCUUGCAAGGUCCAAGGACCAAAGAUUGCAGCAUCUCAUGCUCUCUCCCUGGACGUCCUCAUAUCAAAGGGUUUAGAGUUGGGUUCGCACAGCAGCACGAAUUGGCCGCACAUCUUCAAUGCUUGCGUUGCUGUGGCCGGCCUGGAGCACGCACUUUUCAGCAAAACCGGUUCAGCUCAACUACUGCUCGUCGCUCAAAACACUCAGAGCAAUAUAGUUACUUCUUCGACGUUCAAUAAUGAAAAGUUGAAUUUGAGCUUUACCGACGGUGAGGAAACCUGCGUGGACGUGUACAGUUUCCUGCAGAACACUUCAUACGGACAGAGCGGUGGACCGAAUCAGGAUGCGAGCGUUGCCGAGAUCGUUGAGAGGAGCGGAGUGCUGAACGCCCAUGGCAAGGGAAUUUUGAGCGGAGUGAAUGCCGCCAAAGUGUGCUGCGUUCUAUCGGCCAAAGCCGAUGAGUUGUUCUACAAUGCCGCCUUGAGGUUGGCGCUUCCGGGGCUGUGUAGCUUCCUCGGAGAACUGUGCAAGGCGUCACAUAAUCAACUCUUCACCAGGUACGAGGAAGUACCACAAGCAUACCCAGAGAAUUCGGGCAAGAAGUGGUGGAGAAAGAAGUUGGAUGCUCAAUGCCAAAAGCCGCCGGCGACGUUGCUUUUGCAUCGAAUCGGCGAAGUCACGCUCAAGUGCAUCAGGUCCGGGCGACCCUUGGUGCACACUAUGAAGGUGUGGUCUAUAGUCGGGCCUCACUUCAUGCAGGCGGCAUGCCACAAGGACAGAACCAUCACUAAGAAGGCGGUGGCAUGCAUUCACGAUGCGGUGAACGCCCUCCUCAACGAGCAAACGGAAUUGCCGCAUUUCCACUUCAACGAAGCACUAUUCAAACCGUUCGAGAAUCUGCUAUGCUUAGAGCUGUGCGAUUCAGACGUUCAAGACCAAAUCGUCGCCUGCCUCUGCGAAUUCGUAGAGGCGAAUCGAACGGAGAUUUGUUCCGGUUGGAGGCCGCUCUUCGGCACGUUGCGCGUAGCCAACGGCAAGAAUAAUUCCACCAUUCUAGAUGUUUUCUACAUAUUCUUGCAGACGGACAACACGCUGGUGUUUGCCAAUGCGGCGCUGGAUUACAUCUUGUGUCUGCUCUCGCACAUCAGGAAUCCUAAUGCGGCAGACGAUGACGAAGAAGAUGAGACGACGACGACGACCACGACCAGCAUCCGUGAAGAGGAAGGACCUACACUGAACGUAUGUGCCGAGUCACUGAAAUUGCUGCAGAGUUGCGCGGCAAUCCUUUCGAUGAUGCACAACAUGCCCAAAUGUCCAACGUUUAAUUUGACACAUCGCAUGGGCAUAGAAACUGAGCCGCAGCUCGUCGAUCCGAUCAUCGAGAACUCGGACAUCAACACUUUUAAGCAAGUCGACGAUAACGAAAUAUCCUACAAGAUUUUAGCGAUGAAAGAGGAUAUGGAAGCAUGCGAUCGCGAGGGACUGACGCUCAGCAAGAUGGACCAAAAGACCGGAUGCUUGAAAGUCUGGUAUAUAUUGCUGGAGGGUUUGUCUUCGGCGGCAGUCAUUGCUCCGCAUCGUAACCAACCGAUGAUCGUGGAAUGCCUCUUCAAGCUGCUCAAAGAUCUGAAAUCGUUAAAUCCUGGAGUGAACUUUGGUCUGUACUGCUUGAAUCAUUUGCUGCUGCCAAUGGUUCAACAUUGGUUGCGACAAAACAGCAAGAGCCAAAGAGACGAUUGGCAGCAUUUCAAGCAUUGCUGCGGACUCGCCUCCGAGCUGGUCGUGGAUUACGUGAGCCACGUGCAGGGGGAAUUGAAAGCCGCCGGAAAUCCAGCGGUGAAUUUAGCUCUGAAGCAAUUGCUCAUCAUACUGAUUGAAUGCGUGGCGCAGCCAAACGAAAGCGUGGCCCGACUGGGCACGUCCUGCAUCCGCCACCUGAUCCUGAGCAUCGGGCAGAUGCUCAGCUCGACGCAGUGGGAUAUCCUGGUGGUGGCGGUGCAUAGGGCGACCGCAGUCAGCUUGAAUCCCCUGCACCAAAUCACGCUUGCCUUCAAACCUAAUUCGGAUAGUUUCUAUGGAGAUUUGGCGACGGUGAAGGUGGCAGCGAGGAAGGACAGCAACGUCGUCGAGAGCGAGCGUUUGUACGAGUUGGCUCAGCAAGUUUUCCUGAUGCAAGCACAACGGAAUUGCUCAAAGUGCACUGGGAAACUGUGCGAAUGCGAUCAGACCGUACAGAUCGACGAUCGCAGCUACGUUUUCCUGCUGUAUCCACCAGACGUGAGCGGCGGAGCGCAUAAUUCUGACUUGAACACGGUACGUGUUCCAUUCCGAAACCUGGUGGUCGGCAUCUUAGCUCACCAGAUGCUUAUCCAGACCAUAUCAAGCGCACUGCUGCAGAACUUGAAUCACAUAACGCCCAUCCUGAAUAUCCUUCAGAUCAGCACGUGCAGCCUUAGGGGUAUACUGACGCACGUGAACGCAAGACACGUGGACGUCAUGCUGCGCUGCCUGGAGAUGUCUAACUCGCGUGCCAAAGAGUUCGACCUGCGGCCGGGGCUCAAGUUCCUUACGCAGAAGGUGGGAAACCUUUCGAAGGCCGCCAACCUGUACACGCAGGCCAACACGAGCGAGGUGGUGCAGAUCAUUGUAUUGAUCGAACUUUGCCUUGAUGGAAUUGAGAAGUAUUCUAUAACGCACAGCGACAUCGAGCAGCUGCUGGCCAAAGAAGAUGAAGACGCCGUCUCCGAGACGAGGAAAUGUUACACGGACUUGGAUUACGUGGAACAGUUUUUGCGUAGCUUGCGCGUCAAAUGGGAGCAUCUGUGCGAGUCGUACGCCAAUUUGACCAUCAGAAUUCCGGUGAACGCAGAAGACGAGAGCGAUGCAGAAGGAGGAGAAGGUGUGGGAAAUGCGAUCGAAGCGGAUGCGGUGACGUCGUCGUCAUCGACGGAAUGGGAGAAAACUGUAAGGCCCUUCAAGUUUGCCGAUUUCAAAACCACGGAAAGCUUCACGUCGAGCGACUCUGAUAGCUAUUUGGAGAAGGAGAUUCUUCCUAAUCGCGAAACGCCAGCGACGACGACGACGACCAUCAAGACCAACGAGAACUCGACGGACGAUGAGACGAACGAAGCAGCUGCAAAGUUCCAGAAGCCGAACAAGAUCAAGUACGAUGCCAACACUUUAAUGCAGAUCUCGGUGGACGAGAUUUCGUCCAGCAGUAUUAAGAAGGAUGAUGUCGCUGGAAGGGUGAAUCCGUUCAAUGCGCUCCUCCCGCCAGCGCAACCCGUCCCGCCGGAGAUACAGCAGCAACGGUCCGUGAGUAUAUUCAAAGACUCGGAGGCGUUCAAAGUAACGCGCAUCGAAACAAUGGAAGCUUGCCUGGAACUUCUCGGAAGUCUACCAGCGGACCGCCUCUCUCCACUGGGGAACGUCCUCAAGGACGGAGCCGUGAUGCUGGUCAACAGUCAGGAGGAUAAGAUCAAAUGCGCAGCCGAAGAGCUGCUGCACCGGAUGAACAUCGCCCCCUACGAUAUGUAACGUGAUGUGGGUGGCACGUAAAAGGGCGUAGAAUGACAGAGAGAGCGAGUGAAGGAAGAAGAAAAGAAGAAAACUUGACACAAAAAAAAUAUGAAUAUUUUUUGAACGAUUUUUGCACUUCACGUAGCUUCUUCUAUUUUUUGAUUUUAGAAAGAAACAAAUAACCUGUUGUAACAAAAUAUAUGGGAUCGAAGG